UUGGCUACCACCUAACGAGGAAGUUCCCCCCUCAGAAAAGAGAAACUUCAGAAUCUCCGCGGAAUUUCCAGCAGAGUUGUCGGCAUAGCGCUGCGUGGUGUGUCGGUAACUCGGGCAAAAACAAUGAACCCACGGGCUAUAAAAAAAAUCAGCGAUGACAACAGAGUGUGACACUGUGGAAGUUGCUCAAUGCUGUGGUUACCUUCCGUCUAUACCUGCGACAGAGGAAGGCGUCGUUUCCUGUGUCAUUUUAACUAGGCUGCCGCUGCAGAGAGGACGCCAGAGCUGUGAUCUGCACACUCCAACUGGCCUCUGCGGGAUUUGAAGCACAGCUGAAGAUGACGGCCAGUACUGCUAACUACCUAUGGUCCAUGGAGGACAUACUGGGACAAGGAGCCACAGCCAGCGUCCACAAGGCCAGAAACAAGAAGACAGGGGAGCUUGUGGCGGUGAAGGUGUUCAACGUUCUGAGCUACAACCGACCGCACGAGGUCCAGAUGAGGGAGUUCGAGAUGCUGCGGAGACUCAAACACGUCAACAUCGUCAAGCUCUACGCUGUAGAGGAGAUGCAUAUGAACUCGAAGCAGAAGGUUCUGGUUAUGGAGUACUGUUCUGGUGGAAGCCUUCUGAACCUGCUGGAGGAACCACAACACGCAUUUGGACUACCGGAACCUGAGUUCCUUAUUGUACUGCAGUGUGUAGUCCAUGGUAUGAACCAUCUGCGUGAGAAUGGAGUGGUUCAUCGCGAUAUAAAGCCCGGUAACAUCCUUCGGCAAGUGGGUGAGGACGGCCGCUCCAUUUACAAACUCACAGACUUUGGAGCUGCUCGAGAACUGGAGGACGACGAGAAGUUCCAUUCCAUCUACGGAACGGAAGAAUACCUGCAUCCUGACAUGUAUGAGCGUGCGGUGCUGCGUAAGCCUCAGCAGAAAGCCUACGGGGUGACAGUUGACUUGUGGAGUAUUGGGGUGACCUUCUACCACGCCGCGUCCGGAUCGCUACCCUUCGUACCAUACGGAGGACCGCGCAGGAACAAGCACAUCAUGUAUAAGAUCACAACUGAGAAGCCUACAGGAGCGAUCGCAGGAAUGCAGAGAGUUGAGGACGGGCCCAUCGAUUGGAGCUACCAACUGCCAAUACACUGCCAACUAUCAGAGGGUCUAAAGGAGCAUCUGGUCCCUGUGUUGUCCGGUAUCCUGGAGGCCAAUCAGGAGAAGUGCUGGGGCUUCGACCAGUUCCUCACCGCCUCCACUGACGUCCUGCACAGAACCACAAUACACCUCUUUCACCUGCAGGAGGCGACAACACACACCAUCUACAUACACUUCUACAACACGGUGUCUAUAUUCUGUGAGGAGGUGCAGGCCCAGUCACGUGUUGACGUUGCUUUUCAGUGUUUCCUAUUUCAGGGUCACAGACUGCAGCUGGAGGGAGGCAUGAAGGUUGUCAACCUGCCCCCCACCAGUCGAGAGAGACCCCUGUUCUUAGUGAGCCUCAGGCCAGACACGCGACAGGACCCUGCACACAGAGAACCGGAGUCCCCUCCUAUUCCCACCAGGUUUGAUGUCAUGGCAGACUACAGCUUCACCAAGGUGAUGGUGGGGGUGGUGCAUCAGUAUUUGAGGAUGAUCAGAUCUCUGCUCACGACUAGAGACCUCGUACUUCAGGGAUUCUACAGCUACAUUGAGGUGGUGCGAGUGGAGUGUGAGGCGGCGCUGCCAAAGAUCUCCAUCAUGACCCUGAGACUACACUCCUGCCUCAACACACAGCAACGCAUACACAACCUAAACCAGCUGCACAACAGCUUCACAGAGCACACAGACAACAAUGCCAGACUGCUACAGGUGCAGCAGACGUUAGCUGUGUGUGCUAACGGUAUUAAAGAGUUCCAGAACAGUCUGGAUCACCUGCAGGUGGAACUGGCCAAGCUCAGAGAGACACUAGCAGGGGACAAGAGCAUUGCCAAGGUGGAGAUUCUCUUGGAGAAGAUCAUGUGUAUUCACCAGCAGUUCAGGAAGGACCGCUCCACUGGCAAGCUGAGCUACAAUGAUGAGCAGAUCCACAAGUUUGAAAAGAUCAACCUGUCCUCCCACAUCAAGAAGGUAAAGUCCCUCUACAGAGACGACUGCACGCAGAAACUACAGGACGUGUUGAACACAGCAGACGCAUGGACCAGUAAACUGUAUGAGAUUGAGAGCAGGUUAAGAGAUUUCAGCACCUUCUUCAUCCAGCUGAUGGAAGAUCUACAGAUGUGCGAAGAGGAACAGAACAAGUGUUUAGAUGAAGGGCUCCAGAGACUGCUACAGACUGCUUCCGGGUCAGAGGGCACCGGCAAAGAUCACAUGAUCCUCAGGAUGAAUCGUCUGAAGGAUGAAAUGGAGGCGGUUGCCAGAGAACUGCAGACCAACAACAUGAUGAUCGAGAGCCUUGGAACAGCGACCCCAGGAGUAUCUCUACCGCCAGACAUGGGCCAGCCCAAGGCCAUGUGAGGAGAAGAGGAGAAGAAGAGGAGCUGGAUAUCUGAUGGGAUACCAUCGGACCUGGGACCGCCCAAGUGAGGAGAGGAGAGCAGAGGAGAGGAAGAGAGGAGAGGAGAGGAGAGUAGAUAUUGCUAUCACCAGGCCUUGGACAGCUGAAGGGGAUGUGAGGAGAGGAAGAGGUGUAGGAGAGGAGAAGGAGAAGAGGAGGGUGAUGAGUGGAGGAUGGGAAGAUGAAAGGAAAGGAGAAGAAGACGAGGAGGAAGAGGAGAAGAGAGGAGAGGAGAUGGGAUAUUGUUUGAUCUGGGACAAGCCAAGGGGGUGUGAGGAGAAGAGACGAGGAGGAGGAAGAUGAACAGGAGAGUAGAAGAACUGAGGAGAGGAGAAGAGGAGGAAAGAGAGGAGAAAGGUAGAUGAGAUGGGGAAAGAUGUUUGGACGAUACAUUGACAUGAACACAUCCUCUUUGACAACAAGAGUGAGAACUAGAGAGACAACCUGUCGGCAGGUCAAAGGCUGGUGAAGACAAAGACAAAAACUAUGACAGACAACAAUAACAAAACUGCCUCAACGACCAGCAACCUGCGUCGAAGAAACUAGAGGCCUCACCGAUGCUCAGUGGGCUGAUGCACCAUACCGUUAACCCGGGGACCAAUCCUUCCCCAUCCCCAAUGUCAGUUAUGUAUGACAAUGUGCUAUACAAAUCAUAUUGCUGUUGCUAUUGCUGUCUCUUUCACUCUUGCUAUCUUUCUCGUCCCGAUAUUUUUUUUACUUCUCUCACUGUCCUGUCUGAACUUACAGUCAUUGCAAAACCAAACUGGCCCAAGUCAACCCCCUUCCAGAACCCAUACAGAGACCCUCUGGAUUCACUUCACUUCACUUUUGCUGUCAGCUGAGUUCUGGACCCCGUUUCUUGAAACGUUUACUCUUUUAACAAGUAAGCAACUUAGAUGGUCCCCAAUGGGAAAGUGCAUUGCAACCAACAAAGUUGCUAACUUAGUUAAGCAAGAAACGCACCCCCUAGCUCAGAGCUGAUCCAAGGGUCCGGCUAGUGGUAUCAGUGCCAAGGCAGGACUCCACCAUGGACAGUCAUGGGAGCCGGGUUUGAAUCUCACUAUCACUUGAGGGAAAUUAAUAGAUAGACCGACCAACAGACUGACCGACACUGACUUAAUUGAUAUUACAUGACAUUACAUUGCAUUUGGCAGACGCUUUAUAACCAAAGCGACUUUCAAAAGAGGACAUAAUCAUAGCCAAGAACAGGGUUAGUUGUUUUUUUUGUUUUUUUUUGAGUAAAAACACACUCACAUGCACACACAUACACACAUCAUGUUAAGAGUCUGGCCUGGGGCUAGGUCAGCUCAAACAUUAGUCUAGUAGAUACUAACGAAAGAGGAGAGUCUAGCGCACUUCCCCAUGCUCCUCCAUGACUGAGGUACCCUGAGCAUGGUAUUCUCCCCACAAUGUAGCUGUGCAAUUCAGUUGUAUGCUGGGUACUUUUGUAUGCUGUGUCACAAUGAGAAAAUGGGACUUUCUCCCUCUUUUUUCUUUCUUUUUUCACUUUCACGUUUCACUUCCCCUUCCAGCAUCACUGCUAAGACUGGACUGUUGUUCCUGCAGUUAUUCACCAUCACACAAACAAGUCGUUGUCUAUGUCCAAGUCUCUGAAUAAGUGUCAAUGACGUUUUAGUAGUGGAUUAUCUAAGAAGCAUAGUCAUUGCAGUACAGUAAUUGUCAAUUACUCAUUGAUUUAUGGGCAUUAGCUGUGGUUGUACCACCUGACAUCUGAGCCCUUGGAAAUUAUUUUGCAUCAUCAUCAUCACCAGUGUCCUUCAACUUGUAUUUACUGUUACAGUUAGGUUUGUAAGAAGUGGGAGUACUUCCUUUUUUGUCUCAGUGGCCAAUGUCCCACUCUGCUUUACGGUGCGUAGUAUACAUAUUAUACAAUAUAUUGAUGCCUUAAAUUCUCCACUUGAAAAUGUGAGUUGAGCAUGUUUGUAUAUCUAAAUGGUGCACAUAGUCAGGGUGAAUUCCCACUUUUCAAAUGUUAAUGCUGUUGAUGUCUGAUUUCAGAUUUUGAAGUAAACAUUUUUUAGAAAA